AUGGACCACCGCUUUUCAAAGCAUGAGUACUUUGUGAGCUGCAGCUUCACAAUCCUCUUCGCCGGACUUGCGGCCGCCUCCUACUUUGACAUCUCCACCUGCCCGUUUCGGUACAAUCACGGGGCCAGCGGCGGCGGCGGCGGCGCCUGUGCGGCGCACGUGUACGGCCGAGGCGGGGAGGAGCGUCCGCGCUCGCUCUUCGCCUCGGUGGCGCAGGAGGGCGGCCUCACGUGCCACAUGGCCGACCUCGUCAUCUGGGUCUACAUCGUCGCCCUGCUGCUCUUCAUGUCGCACAAGUACUACUACUACCGGAUGCGGGGGCUGCACUACUUUUUGCUCGACUACUGCUACUUCCACAACGCCUGCCUCGUGCUUUUUUUGCUCUGGUGCCUCGUCGACGUGCAGUGGUCGAGGGAGCCGCUCCUCUCGUGGGAGGCGUACCUGCCAGCGGGGUGGCUGCGUGAACGCGACGCGCUCCUCGCAGGCGCGCCAGGCGGUGGGCUGAAUAAGAGCCUCAAGGACGUCGCCGUGAAGGCGACACCGCUGGUCAACCAGACGUGGACAAGCUGGACGCUGCGGUUUGUCCCCUCUACGGCGCGGCAGCUGCUGCUCGUGGGCGGGGUUUACAAGCCCGUCUCGGCGGACAUCGUCACCAUUGCCUACGCCGCGGCGGAGGCCUCGAGCACGGACGAGGUGCUGCUAGACUUUCUCUCCUUUUUUGCGCUCGUGGCGGGGAGCUUUGGGCCGAUUUUGGGCGCCAUACUGGUGUGGAGCAAUUCCCUGCUCUUCCACUCCUUCGACCGCAUGUCCUCCAGCUACCUCCACCUCGCCCCUGCGGGGACGCAGCUGCUGCUGCUGCACCGCCUCCUCACCUCCGCCACGCGGGAGCUCGCGUCGCUGGACGCGGUCCCCGGCGGCACCCCCGCGCCCGCCGGCGGGACGCUGCGGCACAGGGCGGAUGCGAUCUGCAGCGCGGGGACGCUCUGCCGCGACCUGCGCCACGCCGUGUCGUAUUGGACGCUGCUGAAGCUGCACUUUGCGAUGUUCAUUGCGUGGCAAAUCUUUUACCACGCCUUCAACGAGGGGCGACGGCGCCGUCGCCAGAAGAAGCAUCACAAGAAAAUGCAUGAAAUCGCCGCGCGGCACGAGGAGUUUUGCCGCGUCACCGGCGCCACCGCGGCGGAGGCGGAGCUGCUGCGCCCCAUCUUUGUCCUCUCAGAGGGCGUCGUGGGCGACCCCACGCACCGCGUCACGGCGUACACGUGGCUGAUGGAGCACCCCCCGCUUGGGAAGCAGGGGCUGCUCUACCGCCUCGUCACCGCCUUUGGCACCGGGUACCUGCCGACGAUGGCGCUGUUUCAGGUCACCCAGUGGCUCUUCCACGUGGCCUUCUUCACCCUGGCCUACCCUGUCAUGUACUACAGCUUCCACGUGGCGCUCGCGGCCUGGCCGCUGGCCCUCUACCUCAUCGCCUUCCUCCUCUACACCGUGUACAACGCCGCCGCGGUAAAUAAGCGGUGGGUCCAGAAGCUGCAGCGGUUGGCGGCGAUGGGGAUGCUGGCGCAGCGCGAGCGCAGCGACGGCGCCCUCCCCGCGUCGACGAACUGCGGCGGCCAUAGCAAAUCCCAGCAGCCAUCCCUGGCGCCGCAGACAAACCCCCCGGCGCAUUAG